GCCGCCGCCGCAUUCGCCGUCGCCCCCGCCUUCCCGGCAGCGUCGGGCCGGGCGCCGCCUCCCCCCUGCCUCCCUCUCCGCUGCGGUCAUGUAGGAAAUCGUAAAUCAUGUGAAGAUGGGACUCUUGGUAUUUGUACGCAAUCUGCUGCUAGCCCUCUGCCUUUUUCUGGUACUGGGAUUUUUGUAUUAUUCUGCGUGGAAACUACAUUUAUUCCAGUGGGAGGACUCCAAUUCAGUGGUUCUUUCCUUUGACUCCGCUGGACAAACACUAGGCUCAGAAUAUGAUCGGUUGGGCUUCCUCCUGAAGUUGGACUCUAAACUGCCUGCUCAGUUAGCCACCAAGUACGCAAACUUUUCAGAGGGAACUUGCAAGCCUGGCUAUGCUUCAGCCUUGAUGACUGUCAUCUUCCCCCGGUUCUCCAAGCCAGCUCCCAUGUUCCUGGAUGACUCCUUCCGCAAGUGGGCUAGGAUCCGGGAAUUUGUGCCGCCUUUUGGAAUCAAAGGUCAAGAUAAUCUGAUCAAAGCCAUCUUGUCCGUCACCAAAGAGUACCGCCUGACCCCUGCCUUGGACAGCCUCAGCUGCCGCCGCUGCAUCAUCGUGGGCAAUGGAGGUGUCCUUGCCAACAAGUCUCUGGGGUCACGAAUUGAUGACUAUGACAUUGUGGUCAGACUGAACUCAGCACCCGUGAAAGGCUUUGAGAAGGACGUGGGCAGCAAAACUACACUGCGCAUCACCUACCCUGAGGGUGCCAUGCAGCGGCCUGAGCAAUAUGAACGUGAUUCUCUCUUCGUCCUCGCUGGCUUCAAGUGGCAGGACUUCAAGUGGUUGAAGUACAUCGUCUACAAGGAGAGAGUGAGCGCGUCAGAUGGCUUCUGGAAAUCUGUGGCCACUCGGGUACCCAAGGAACCCCCUGAGAUUCGCAUCCUCAACCCAUAUUUCAUCCAGGAAGCCGCCUUCACCCUCAUCGGACUGCCUUUCAACAAUGGCCUCAUGGGCCGCGGGAACAUCCCAACCCUCGGCAGUGUGGCAGUGACCAUGGCACUACACGGCUGUGAUGAGGUGGCAGUUGCAGGCUUCGGCUACGACAUGAGCACACCCAAUGCACCCCUGCACUACUAUGAGACCGUGCGCAUGGCAGCCAUCAAAGAGUCCUGGACGCACAACAUUCAGCGAGAGAAAGAGUUUCUGCGGAAGCUGGUGAAAGCGCAUGUCAUAACUGACCUAACCAGUGGCAUCUGAGGCGGACCCAGCACGUGGCCACAGAAGUCCAGCCACCGCCACCUGCCCACUUCAUUGGCCUCGGUCUGGCUCCUCCUGAGAGGUGUGGGAGCCUUCAGACCCAGAGAAGGACAGUGCCAAGUGGCCCCAGGGGUGGUGAGGCCCUGGUGGGGCAACCAGAGCUGUGUCUGCUCAGAGGCCAGCCUCAGAGACCAGCACUAGGCCUCACUCUCAGCCUGGGUCCUUGAAGCCAGAGGGCCAGGAGGCCACUGGCCAUGCCCAGCGGGCCCAGCAUGCAGGAGGCAGACAUUAGGCAGCAGGGCUGCUGCCAGAAUCAUUUCUCCAAUCAGUGUUCGGUGUAUUAUCAUUUUGUGAAUUUGGGGUGGGGGGAGGGUAGGGAUAAUUUAUUUUUCAAUAAGGCUGGAGAUGUCAAGUUUGGUCUACUGACCGUGCAGAAGACCCACUAAAGGGCCCCUCAGGCAGUGGUACCAAUGGGCUCCCUGUAGAGUGGGAGUGCCAGGACUAGCCUGUGCCCUGCUCUGGGGCUACAGGGAGAUGGGCAGGGUUUCAGGCCAGUCCCCUCCAGCUCAUGACACUGUUUGGCCUUUCUUGGGGAGCAGAUGGGAUAGUCCCACUCAGCAGCCCCCAGCUGUCCCACAGGGAAACCCUGGAGCCAUCCUUUAAGCCAACAAGACGCCCCUGGGCUUGAGUGGAGAGAACUUCAGAGCUCGGGCAGUGAGGCCUGGCCCAACCUGAUGGGAAUGCCCCUCCCUCCCCAACUGCAGCCGACCCACAGGACCGUGCCCCAGGCCUGGAGUGACCAACUUGGCAGCUGUUCUGGGUUUCAGCAGUGAGACUGCCAGGUCCUUGGGUUCUGCCUUUAGCCUGGACCAGAGGGAAGUGAGGCUCAAGGACCUCACCCAGGCUGUGGCAGCCAUCCUGAGCAGCCAUCUUGGAAGCAAUAAAGCUCUUCCCUGAACC